UACUCAGUGAUUUUCAUGCACAACCAAGAUUGAAAAACAGUCAUUCAAGACUUAACUAUGACAUCAAAAACUUCUAAACCUCUUGAGAAACCAUAGACCAUAUGGUGGGAGAAGAGGAAUUGAGUAGCUUGAACAGAAAGUUGAUUUACAUCACUUGACAAAGUUCUUUCUAGGAGUCUUCAUAUGCUGAUACGUACAACUUUAAAGAUUUCAGACUGGCAUUCGCAGAUGAAGUAGCCUGAACUUGAACAUGGUUCCUACUAUUUAGGCCUCAUGGAGCCAGAAGUCCUAGAAGUAUGUCCUUAUGACCCAAACCACAGGAUGCCAGCCAGCAGGUUACGGUACCACCUGGCAUCAUGUGGAAAGAAAAAUCUGAAGAUAGCUAAAAAGAUGGCUAAUUGCAAAUAUAAUGCUUGCCAUGUGGUCCCAGUCAAAAGGCUCAAGGAACAUGAGGCUAACUGUGUCAACAGAACUGCUGUAGAUGAUGAGCCAUUUAAUCUUCCAAAGGUUAUUUCUCCGAGUUUGGAGCCAAAUGAAAAACUUUCUAAUACUGCCAAUCAGAUUCUAGACCCUGAUGUCUGGAACAUAGAUAACACAUAUCAUUCUCCUUUAUUUGUUCUUAAGACAUUUGCUCCAAAAAUGCUGGUUUGUGAAAGUGACUCAAGAGACAUAAAAAAAGAGACUAUGGAUGAAAAACACCCUAACAACUAUAAGUCCUGGAGAAAAGGUCAGAAAAACUGAUGGAGAAGCUGUGGAUUAAAGAGCCAGCAGACAGAAAAUGUAUUGUUCUUUUUCAAACUUUGGGGAAAUCUUAACUGUCAAGUUUUUGAUAACAACUCCAGUCAUUGUUGGCAUCUUAGUAUGUUUUUAUUUAUUUAAAUAAAGAAUAUCCUUCCUGGGA